CGCCGCCUCAGCAGCCUUUUCGUCGUCCGCCUCGUCUUCGUCUUCGUCAUCGUCCUCAGCCUCCUCUGGGCCGGCCCUGCUCCGGGUGGGCCCGGGCUUCGACGCGGCGCUGCAGGUCUCGGCCGCCAUCGGCACCAACCUGCGCCGGUUCCGGGCUGUGUUUGGGGAGAGCGGCGGGGGAGGCGGCAGCGGAGAGCUAACAACACAGAUCCCAUGUAGUUGGAGAACCAAAGGCCUCAUACAUGACAAAAAGACUGAACCGUUCAGGUUACUUGCAUGGAGUUGGUGCUUAAAUGAUGAGCAGUUCUUAGGUUUUGGCUCAGAUGAAGAAGUCCGAGUACGAAGUCCCACAAGGUCUCCUUCAGUUAAAACUAGCCCUCGAAAGCCUCGCGGGAGACCUAGAAGUGGCUCUGACCGAAAUUCAGCUAUCCUCUCAGAUCCGUCUGUGUUUUCCCCUCUAAAUAAAUCAGAGACCAAAUCUGGAGAUAAGAUCAAGAAGAAAGAUUCUAAAAGCAUAGAAAAGAAGAGAGGAAGACCCCCCACCUUCCCUGGAGUAAAAAUCAAAAUAACACACGGAAAGGACAUUUCAGAGCUACCAAAGGGAAGCAAAGAAGAUAGCUUGAAAAAGAUUAAACGGACACCUUCUGCUACAUUUCAACAAGCCACAAAGAUUAAAAAAUUAAGAGCAGGUAAACUCUCUCCUCUCAAGUCUAAGUUUAAGACAGGGAAGCUUCAAAUAGGAAGGAAGGGGGUACAGAUUGUCCGACGGCGAGGAAGGCCUCCAUCGACAGAAAGAAUAAAGACCCCUUCAGGCCUCCUCAUUAACUCUGAACUGGAAAAGCCCCAGAAGGUCCGGAAGGACAAGGAAGGAACACCUCCACUCACAAAAGAAGAUAAGACAGUAGUCAGACAAAGCCCUCGAAGGAUUAAGCCGGUUAGGAUUAUUCCUUCUUCUAAAAGGACAGAUGCAACAAUUGCUAAGCAGCUCUUGCAGAGGGCAAAAAAGGGGGCUCAAAAGAAAAUUGAAAAAGAAGCAGCUCAGCUGCAGGGAAGAAAGGUGAAGACACAGGUUAAAAAUAUUCGACAGUUCAUUAUGCCUGUUGUCAGUGCCAUCUCCUCACGGAUCAUUAAAACCCCUCGGCGGUUUAUAGAGGAUGAGGAUUAUGACCCUCCAAUUAAAAUUGCCCGACUAGAGUCUACACCGAACAGUAGAUUCAGUGCCACGUCCUGUGGAUCUUCUGAAAAAUCAAGUGCAGCUUCUCAGCACUCCUCUCAAAUGUCUUCAGACUCCUCCCGAUCUAGUAGCCCCAGUGUUGAUACCUCCACAGAUUCUCAGGCCUCUGAGGAGAUUCAGGUACUUCCUGAAGAGCGGAGCGAGACCCCCGAAGUUCAUACUCCACUGCCUAUUUCCCAGUCCCCAGAAAACGAUAGUAAUGAUAGGAGAAGCAGAAGGUAUUCCGUGUCAGAGAGAAGUUUUGGAUCUAGAACAACUAAAAAGCUAUCAACUCUACAAAGUGCCCCCCAGCAGCAGCCCUCUUCCUCUCCUCCUCCACCUCUGCUUACUCCACCCCCGCCACUGCAGCCAGCCUCCAGCAUCUCUGACCACACACCUUGGCUUAUGCCUCCAACGAUCCCCUUAGCAUCACCAUUUUUGCCUGCUUCUGCUGCUCCCAUGCAAGGGAAGCGCAAGUCUAUUUUGCGAGAACCGACGUUUAGGUGGACUUCUUUAAAGCAUUCUAGGUCAGAGCCACAAUACUUUUCCUCAGCAAAGUAUGCCAAAGAAGGUCUUAUUCGCAAACCAAUAUUUGAUAAUUUCCGACCCCCUCCACUAACUCCUGAGGAUGUUGGCUUCGCGUCCGGUUUUUCUACAUCCGGUACUGCUGCUUCAGCCCGAUUGUUUUCACCACUCCACUCGGGAACAAGGUUCGAUAUGCACAAGAGGAGCCCUCUUCUGAGAGCUCCGAGAUUUACUCCAAGUGAGGCUCACUCUAGAAUAUUUGAGUCUGUCACCUUGCCUAGUAAUCGAACUUCUGCUGGAACAUCUUCUUCAGGAGUAUCCAACAGAAAAAGGAAAAGAAAAGUCUUUAGCCCUAUUCGAUCUGAACCAAGAUCUCCUUCUCACUCCAUGAGGACAAGAAGUGGAAGGCUUAGUACUGCUGAGCUGUCACCUCUCACCCCGCCGUCUUCUGUCUCUUCCUCGUUAAGCAUAUCUGUUAGUCCUCUUGCCACUAGUGCCUUAAACCCGACUUUUACUUUUCCUUCUCAUUCCCUGACUCAGUCUGGGGAAUCUGCAGAGAAAAGCCAGAGACCGAGGAAGCAGGCUAGCGCUCCAGCAGAGCCGUUUUCAUCCGGCAGCCCCACUCCUCUCUUCCCUUGGUUUACCCCAGGCUCUCAGACUGAAAGAGGGAGAAAUAAAGACAAGGCCCCUGAGGAGCUGUCCAAAGAUCGAGAUGCUGACAAGAGCGUGGAGAAGGACAAGAGUAGAGAGAGAGACCGAGAGAGAGAAAAAGAGAAUAAGCGGGAGUCAAGGAAAGAGAAAAGGAAAAAGGGAUCAGAAAUUCAGAGUAGUUCUGCUUUGUAUCCUGUGGGUAGGGUUUCCAAAGACAAGGUUGUCGGUGAAGAUGUUGCCACUUCUUCUUCUGCCAAAAAAGCAACAGGGCGGAAGAAGUCUUCAUCACUUGAUUCUGGGACUGAUAUUGCUUCUGUGACUCUUGGGGAUACAACAGCUGUCAAAACCAAAAUACUUAUAAAGAAAGGGAGAGGAAAUCUGGAAAAAAACAACUUGGACCUCGGCCCAACUGCCCCAUCCCUGGAGAAGGAGAAAACCCUCUGCCUUUCCACUCCUUCAUCUAGCACUGUUAAACAUUCCACUUCCUCCAUAGGCUCCAUGUUGGCUCAGGCAGACAAGCUUCCUAUGACGGACAAGAGGGUUGCCAGCCUCCUAAAAAAGGCCAAAGCCCAGCUCUGCAAGAUUGAGAAGAGUAAGAGUCUUAAACAAACCGACCAGCCCAAAGCACAGGGUCAAGAAAGUGAUUCGUCAGAGACCUCUGUGCGAGGACCCCGCAUUAAACAUGUCUGCAGAAGAGCUGCUGUUGCCCUUGGCCGGAAACGAGCUGUGUUUCCUGAUGACAUGCCCACCCUGAGUGCCUUACCAUGGGAAGAACGAGAGAAGAUUUUGUCUUCCAUGGGGAAUGAUGACAAGUCAUCAAUUGCUGGCUCAGAAGAUGCUGAACCUCUUGCUCCACCCAUCAAACCAAUUAAACCCGUUACCAGAAACAAGGCGCCUCAGGAACCUCCAGUAAAGAAAGGGCGACGAUCCAGGCGGUGUGGGCAGUGUCCCGGCUGCCAGGUGCCUGAGGACUGUGGUGUUUGUACUAAUUGCUUAGACAAACCCAAGUUUGGUGGCCGAAAUAUAAAGAAGCAGUGCUGCAAGAUGAGAAAAUGUCAGAAUCUACAAUGGAUGCCUUCCAAAGCCUACCUUCAGAAGCAAGCAAAAGCUGUGAAAAAGAAAGAGAAAAAGUCUAAAACCAGCGAAAAGAAAGAGAGCAAGGAGAGCAAUGUUGGGAAGAGCGUGGUGGACUCUGGUCAGAAACCUGUCCCAUCAGCAAGAGAGGACCCUGCCCCCAAGAAAAGCAAUAGUGAACCUCCGCCUCGAAAGCCCAUCGAGGAAAAGAGCGAAGAAGGGAACGCCUCUGCCCCAGUUCCUGAAUCCAAACAAGUUACCACUCCAGCUUCCAGGAAGUCCAGCAAGCAGGCCUCCCAGCCAGUGCCAGUCACCCCUCCACAGCCACCGAGCACAGCACCACCGAGAAAAGAAGUUCCCAAGACCACUCCUAGUGAGCCCAAGAAAAAGCCUCCACCACCAGAAUCAGGUCCAGAGCAAAGCAAGCAGAAAAAAGUGGCUCCUCGCCCAAGUAUUCCUGUAAAACAAAAACCAAAAGAAAAGGAAAAGCCACCUCCAGUCAGUAAGCAGGAGAACACAGGCACUUUGAACAUCCUCAGCACUCUCUCCAAUGGCAAUAGUUCGAAGCAAAAAAUCCCAGCAGAUGGAGUCCACAGGAUCAGAGUGGACUUUAAGGAGGAUUGUGAAGCAGAAAAUGUGUGGGAGAUGGGAGGCUUAGGAAUCUUGACCUCUGUUCCUAUAACACCCAGAGUGGUUUGCUUUCUGUGUGCCAGCAGUGGGCACGUGGAGUUUGUGUAUUGCCAAGUCUGUUGUGAGCCCUUCCACAAGUUUUGUUUAGAGGAGAACGAGCGCCCCCUGGAGGACCAGCUGGAGAACUGGUGUUGUCGCCGCUGCAAGUUCUGUCACGUUUGUGGAAGGCAGCAUCAGGCCACCAAGCAGCUGCUGGAGUGUAAUAAGUGCCGAAACAGCUAUCACCCCGAGUGCCUGGGACCAAACUACCCCACCAAGCCCACCAAGAAAAAGAAAGUUUGGAUCUGCACCAAGUGUGUUCGCUGCAAGAGCUGUGGAUCCACAACUCCAGGCAAAGGGUGGGACGCACAGUGGUCUCACGAUUUUUCACUGUGCCAUGACUGUGCCAAACUCUUUGCUAAAGGGAACUUCUGUCCUCUCUGUGAUAAGUGUUAUGAUGACGAUGACUACGAGAGUAAGAUGAUGCAGUGUGGGAAGUGUGAUCGCUGGGUCCAUUCCAAAUGUGAGAAUCUUUCAGACGAGAUGUAUGAGAUUCUGUCUAACCUGCCAGAAAGCGUGGCCUACACCUGUGUGAACUGCACUGAGCGGCAUCCUGCAGAGUGGCGACUAGCCCUGGAAAAAGAGCUGCAGAUCUCUCUGAAGCAAGUUCUGACAGCUUUGCUCAACUCUCGGACCACCAGCCACUUGCUUCGCUACCGACAGGCUGCCAAACCUCCAGACUUAAAUCCUGAGACAGAGGAGAGUAUACCUUCCCGCAGCUCCCCAGAAGGACCUGACCCACCUGUGCUUACUGAGGUCAGCAAACAGGAAGAUCAACAGCCCUUAGAUCUGGAAGGAGUCAAGAGGAAAAUGGACCAAGGGAACUAUACAUCUGUGGUAUGUCUCUACCUCAAACGUCAGUUUAGUGCCUUUGGGUCUUUAAGAGACAGGGCUGGGAGUAAGCACCAAGAGAUGGAUGCUGGCCGUUUGCUUUACAUUGGCCAAAAUGAGUGGACACAUGUAAAUUGCGCUUUGUGGUCAGCAGAAGUGUUUGAAGAUGAUGAUGGAUCACUAAAGAAUGUGCACAUGGCUGUGAUCAGGGGCAAGCAGCUGAGAUGUGAGUUCUGCCAAAAGCCAGGAGCCACUGUGGGCUGCUGCCUUACCUCCUGCACCAGCAACUAUCACUUCAUGUGUUCUCGCGCCAAGAACUGUGUCUUUCUGGAUGAUAAGAAAGUGUAUUGCCAACGCCAUCGGGAUCUGAUCAAAGGCGAGGUGGUUCCUGAGAAUGGAUUUGAAGUUUUUAGAAGAGUGUUUGUGGACUUUGAAGGAAUCAGCUUGAGAAGAAAGUUUCUCAAUGGCUUGGAACCAGAAAAUAUCCACAUGAUGAUUGGCUCCAUGACGAUUGACUGCUUAGGAAUUCUGAAUGAUCUCUCCGACUGUGAAGAUAAGCUUUUUCCUAUUGGAUAUCAGUGUUCCAGGGUUUACUGGAGCACCACGGACGCUCGCAAGCGCUGUGUGUAUACGUGCAAGAUCGUAGAAUGCCGUCCUCCAGUUGUAGAGCCGGAUAUCAACAGCACUGUCGAGCACGAUGAAAAUAGGACCAUCGCUCACAGUCCCACAUCUUUUGCAGAAAUUGCAUCUAAAGAAAGUCAAAACACAGCUGAAAUUGUAAGUCCUCCCUCACCAGACCGACCUCAUUCGCAAACCUCUGGCUCCUGUUUUUAUCACGUCAUCUCAAAGGUCCCUAGGAUUCGCACACCUAGUUAUUCUCCAACACAGAGAUCCCCUGGCUGUCGGCCGUUGCCUUCUGCAGGAAGUCCUACCCCAACCACUCAUGAAAUAGUCACGGUGGGUGACCCUUUACUCUCCUCUGGACUCCGAAGCAUUGGCUCCCGGCGUCACAGCACUUCUUCCUUGUCACCCCAGCGGUCUAAACUCCGGAUCAUGUCUCCAAUGAGAACUGGGGGUACUUACUCCAGGAAUAGUGUUUCCUCAGUCUCUACCAUCGGGACUGCCACAGAUCUUGAGUCAAGUGCCAAAGCAGUUGAUCAUGUCUUAGGACCACUGAAUUCAAAUACUAAUUUAGGGCAAAACACUUCCACCUCUUCAAAUUCGCAAAGGACAGUGGUUACUAUGGGCACUAAAACCAGCCACUUGGAUGGGUCUUCCUCUUCCGAAAUGAAGCAUUCCAGCGCUUCAGACUUGGCAUCCAAGGGCUCCUCUUUGAAGGGAGAGAAGACCAAAGUGCCAAGUUCCAAGAGUUCGGAAGGGUCUGCACAUACCGUGGCUUAUCCUGGCAUUCCCAAACUGGCUGCUCAGGUUCAUAACACAACACCUGGAGAAUUAAAUGCUAGCAAGAUCGGUACUUUCGCUGAACUCUCUUCAGGGCCGUUUUCUUCUAAAGAGGCCCUCUCCUUCCCCCCACUCCAUCUGAGAGGGCAGAGGAAUGAUCGGGACCAACACACAGAUUCUAACCAAUCGGUAAACCCCCCUCCCGAUGAAGACGCGGGAGUCAGAACCUUGAAGCUAUCUGGAGUGAGCAACAGAUCAUCCAUCAUCAAUGAACACGUGGGAUCUAGUUCCAGAGACCGGAGACAGAAAGGGAAAAAGUCUUGUAAAGAAACUUUCAAAGAAAAACAUUCCAGUAAAUCUUUUUUGGAACCUGGUCAGGUGUCAACUGGUGAGGAAGGAAACCUAAAGCCGGAGUUUGUGGACGAGGUUUUGACUCCUGAGUUUAUGGGGCAACGACCAUGUAAUAAUGUCUCUUCUGAUAAGAUUGGAGACAAAGUCCUCUCUAUUCCGGGAGUCCCCAAAGCUCCAUCCAUGCAAGUAGAAGGAUCUGCCAAGGAAUUACAGACACCCCGGAAACGCACGGUCAAAGUAACACUGACACCCCUCAAAAUGGAAAGUGAGGGCCAGUCCAAGAAUCCCCUGAAAGAAGGUAGCCCCGUUUCCCCUUUGCAAAUAGAGUCCGCAUCUCCUCCCACAGAACCAGUUGCAGCCUCCGAAAGUCCAGGAGAUGGUCCCGUGGCCCAGCCAAGCCCCAAUGAUACCUCAUCCCAGGAUCCUCAGAGUAACAACUAUCAGAAUCUUCCGGUACAGGACAGAAACCUGAUGCUUCCAGAUGGUCCCAAACCUCAGGAGGAUGGCUCUUUCAAGAGGAGAUAUCCCCGUCGCAGUGCCCGGGCGCGCUCGAACAUGUUCUUCGGGCUCACCCCGCUCUACGGAGUGAGAUCCUACGGCGAAGAAGACAUUCCAUUCUACAGCAGCUCCACAGGCAAGAAACGGGGCAAGAGAUCAGCUGAAGGACAGGUGGAUGGGGCCGACGACCUGAGCACCUCCGAUGAAGAUGACCUGUACUAUUAUAAUUUCACCAGAACAGUGAUUUCCUCAGGCGGAGACGAGCGGCUGGCAUCCCAUAAUUUAUUUCGGGAGGAGGAGCAGUGUGACCUUCCCAAAAUCUCACAGCUGGAUGGUGUCGAUGAUGGCACAGAGAGCGAUACUAGCGUCACCGCCACCACGAGGAAGAGCAGCCAGAUUCCAAAAAGAAACGGGAAAGAAAACGGAACAGAGAACUUAAAGAUCGAGCGACCCGAAGAUGCCGGGGAGAAAGAACAUGUCAUUAAGAGUUCCGUUGGCCACAAAAACGAGCCAAAGAUGGAUAACUGCCACUCCGUAAGCAGAGUGAAAACACAGGGACAGGACUCCUUGGAGGCGCAGCUCAGCUCAUUGGAGUCCAGCCGCCGGGUCCACACGAGCACCCCGUCGGACAAGAACCUCCUGGACACCUACAAUACCGAGCUCCUCAAGUCGGACUCGGAUAACAACAACAGUGACGACUGUGGGAAUAUCCUGCCCUCGGACAUUAUGGACUUUGUACUGAAGAAUACUCCUUCCAUGCAGGCUUUGGGCGAGAGCCCGGAGUCCUCUUCGUCGGAACUGCUGAAUCUGGGUGAAGGUUUGGGUCUCGACAGUAAUCGGGAAAAGGACAUGGGUCUUUUCGAGGUCUUUUCUCAGCAGUUGCCGACGGCGGAACCCGUGGACAGUAGCGUCUCCUCCUCUAUCUCGGCAGAGGAGCAGUUUGAGCUGCCUCUGGAGCUACCGUCCGACCUGUCUGUCCUGACCACGCGGAGUCCCACUGUCCCUAGCCAGAAUGCCAGUAGACUGGCUGUAAUCUCUGACUCAGGAGAGAAGAGAGUGACCAUCACCGAGAAGUCUGUGGCCUCCUCUGAAGGCGACUCGGCACUGCUGAGUCCAGGAGUGGAUCCCACCCCCGAAGGCCACAUGACUCCAGAUCAUUUUAUUCAAGGACACAUGGACGCAGACCACAUCUCCAGCCCUCCUUGUGGUUCGGUGGAGCAAGGGCAUGGCAACAAUCAGGAUUUAACUAGAAACAGUAGCACCCCCGGCCUGCAGGUACCUGUUUCCCCUACUGUUCCUAUCCAGAACCAGAAAUAUGUGCCCAAUUCUACUGAGAGUCCUGGCCCAUCUCAGAUUUCUAAUGCAGCUGUCCAGACCACUCCACCCCACCUGAAACCAGCCACUGAGAAACUCAUUGUGGUUAACCAGAACAUGCAGCCACUUUAUGUUCUCCAAACUCUUCCAAAUGGAGUGACCCAAAAAAUCCAAUUGACCUCUUCUGUUAGUUCUACACCCAAUGUGAUGGAGACAAAUACUUCAGUAUUGGGGCCCAUGGGAAGUGGUCUCACCCUAGCCACGGGACUAAAUCCAAGCUUGCCAACGUCUCCAUCUCUGUUCCCUCCUGCUAGCAAAGGAUUGCUCCCCAUGCCUCAUCACCAGCACUUACAUUCCUUCCCUGCAGCUGCUCAAAGUAGUUUCCCACCUAACAUCAGCAGUCCUCCUUCAGGCCUACUUAUUGGGGUUCAGCCUCCUCCAGAUCCCCAACUUUUGGUUUCAGAAGCCAGCCAGAGGACAGACCUCAGUACCACAGUAGCCACUCCACCCUCUGCACUCAAGAAAAGACCCAUAUCUCGUCUACAGACCCGAAAGAAUAAAAAACUCGCUCCCUCUAGCACCCCUUCAACCAUUGCCCCUUCCGAUGUGGUCUCUAACAUGACCCUGAUUAACUUCACACCCUCCCAGCUGCCAAACCAUCCCAAUCUGUUAGAUCUGGGGUCACUUAACACGUCAUCUCACCGAACUGUCCCCAACAUCAUAAAAAGGUCUAAAUCUGGCAUCAUGUAUUUUGAACAGGCACCCCUGUUACCCCAGAGUGUGGGCGGCACAGCGUCCGCGGCGGCGGGCGCGUCCACCGUAAGCCAGGAUACUGGCCACCUCACCGCGGGGCCUGGGUCCGGCCUGGCGUCCGGUGCCUCCGUCUUGAAUGUGGUGUCCAUGCAGACCACAACCGCCCCUGCAAGUGGCACAUCCGUUCCGGGACAUGUUGCGUUAACCAACCCCAGGUUGCUCAGUGCCCCGGAUAUUGGCUCAAUCAGCAACCUUUUAAUCAAAGCUAGCCAGCAGAGCCUGGGGAUGCAGGACCAGCCCGUGGCUCUACCGCCCAGUGCGGGAAUGUUUCCACAACUGGGGGCAGCGGCGUCUAGCAUCUGCGUGCUCCCCUCUGCUCAGACCGCGGGCGUCGCAGCCGCCUCUCCUUCUGGGGACGCGGAAGAACACUAUCAGCUUCAGCGCGUGAACCAGCUCCUUGCCAGCAAAACUGGGAUUCUCCCGUCCCAGCGCGAACUUGAUUCUGCUGCAGGGACCCAGGGAUCCAACUUCACCCAGACAGGAGAUGCUCCUAAUAGCAUGGGGCUAGAGCAGAAUAAGGCUUUAUCCUCAGCUAUGCAAGCCAGCCCGGCCUCUCCCGGGGGCUCUCCAUCCUCUGGACAGCCCUCAGCAAGCCCCACGGUACCGGCUCCCACUAAACCCAAACCAAAAAUCAAACGGUUUCAGCUGCCUUUGGACAAAGGGAAUGGCAAGAAGCACAAAGUUUCCCAUUUGCGGACCAGUUCUUCUGAAGCACACAUUCCAGACCAAGAAGCCAGCACGACAUCCCUGACCUCAGUCACAGGGACUCCAGGAGCAGAGGCUGAGCAGCAGGACACAGCUAAUGUGGAACAGUCAAAGGAGUGUGGGCAGCCCACAGGGCAAGUUCUUCCUGAGAUUCAGGCAACACAAAAUCCAGCAAAUGAGCAAGAAAGUACAGAACCUAAAACAGUGGAAGAAGAAGAAAGUAAUUUCAGCUCUCCACUGAUGCUUUGGCUCCAGCAAGAACAGAAGAGGAAAGAAAGCAUUGCUGAGAAAAAGCCCAAGAAAGGACUUGUUUUUGAAAUUUCAAGUGAUGAUGGCUUCCAGAUCUGUGCAGAAAGUAUUGAAGAUGCCUGGAAGUCACUGACAGAUAAAGUCCAGGAAGCUCGGUCAAAUGCCCGCCUAAAGCAGCUCUCGUUUGCAGGUGUUAACGGUUUGAGGAUGCUGGGGAUUCUUCACGAUGCAGUCGUGUUCCUGAUUGAGCAGCUCUCUGGUGCCAAGCACUGUAGGAAUUACAAAUUCCGUUUCCACAAACCAGAGGAAGCCAACGAACCCCCCCUGAACCCUCAUGGCUCAGCCAGGGCUGAAGUUCACCUGAGGAAGUCAGCAUUUGACAUGUUUAACUUCCUGGCUUCCAAACACCGGCAGCCUCCUGAGUACAACCCCAAUGAUGAGGAAGAGGAGGAGGUACAGCUGAAGUCAGCUCGGAGGGCAACUAGUAUGGAUCUGCCAAUGCCCAUGCGUUUCCGGCACUUAAAAAAGACUUCUAAGGAGGCAGUUGGUGUCUACAGGUCUCCCAUCCACGGCCGGGGUCUUUUCUGUAAGAGAAACAUUGACGCAGGUGAGAUGGUGAUUGAGUAUGCUGGCAAUGUCAUCCGCUCCAUCCAGACUGACAAGCGAGAGAAGUAUUAUGACAGCAAGGGCAUCGGUUGCUACAUGUUCCGAAUUGAUGACUCGGAGGUGGUGGAUGCCACCAUGCACGGAAACGCUGCACGCUUCAUCAAUCACUCGUGUGAGCCUAACUGCUACUCUCGGGUCAUCAAUAUCGACGGGCAGAAGCACAUCGUCAUCUUUGCUAUGCGCAAGAUCUACCGUGGGGAGGAGCUCACCUACGACUAUAAGUUCCCCAUCGAGGAUGCCAGCAACAAGCUACCCUGCAACUGUGGUGCCAAGAAAUGCCGGAAGUUCCUAAACUAGAGCUGCUCCUCGCCCCCAGUGUCGGAGUACUAGGACCCAGGCCCAUCCAGAGCAAUGCUGAAGGCCUUUGCCAGCAGCUAGGAGUUCCAGGAUUGAGUGGGCACAGUUGAGGGGCCUCCGUGAUGGCUGGGCUCCCUUACAUCCUAUAUUCACAUUAGACAUGUGAUCCUAGUCCUGGAGAGAGAGAUGAGGUCUCGAAGAAAAGAUCCGCGGCCCGCUUUCUACUGGGGCCCCUCUGAUUGUACGCCGUUAAAGAGUGGGCAAUGGGGUCGCUAGCAGACUUGCCUGGAAGGAGCCUGUGGAGGGUUCGUUAUGUUGGGAGAUGGGGCCUGAGUGUGUCCUCGGAGAGAAGUUGCCAUCCUCGCCUUGGCCCUUUCCCAAGCACUCCAAGGGAGGGGUCAGCUGGGGGCCCCGAGAGAGAGAGUUGGUUGGAUACCUGAUAGUUUGCCAGCCGGGCCCAGCCUGUAGCCGUCUGUUGACCAAGCAGAGAAGGUCUCGUGGUUUUCCCUCCUAUCCUCCCACUUGAGAGUUCACUUCUGGUUGGGAGACAGGAUUCUUAGCACCUUUGGUGUCAAAAGACUGUCUUGGGGUUGUGCUGAUGAAUCACCAAACGUGGAGCCUGUGGGCUUUAAGUGGGAGUGUUACCCCCAGGAGCCUUAUCUCAGCCGAUUUCCUUUCUCGACAAUAGGAGCAGUGUCCCUCUCAUUCUUCCUCCGCCUCCCUCCACCUUCUUCGUUCCCCCCUGUUUCAUCCCACUGCUUUCCCGUUCUUCUGGGUGGUAGAGGGGAGUGACUCCCUGCUCAAGGACACUCCCUGCCAGGCAUCGUGUACGCCUACAACACAACCCCUGAGCCUGGAAGCACGCCCAGUGGGGAAGUGGACAGGAGCCAUUGGUCAUAACCAGACGGAAUUUGGAGUUUUCGUAAAGCUCCACGGAGAGUUUUAAAGAAAUCUAUGUAGCAUGAUUUUUUAGAAGAGGAAAACGAUUAUUUAAAUAGGAUCUGAAUCAUGCAACAACCAGAGUAUUACAACCAGGAUGACCCCCGGGCCCCAUUCCUAGGACAUGGUAACUUUAUUUUCCCCUUGUUAAGACAUAGGAAGACUUCAUUUUUAAAUGGUCGGUGUCCAGUUGAAGGCAGAACACUAAUCAGAUUUCAAGGCCCAAAACUUGGGGACUAGACCACCUUGUAUCGAGGGACCUCUGCCACCUGCGCAAAAUCCACAGGCUAAGUAAAUUAAAUGACACUACUGCCCUGAUUACUCCUUAGGAUGUGGUCAAAACAGCAUCAAAUGUUCCUUCUCCUCCUUUCCCCAAGACGGUGUCCUGAACCUGUUAAAUUAAGUCAUUGGAUUUUACUCUGUUCUGUUUACAGUUUACUAUUUAAGGUUUUAUAAAUGUAAAUAUAUUUUGUAUAUUUUUCUAUGAGAAGCACUUCAUAGGGAGAAGCACUUAUGACAAGGCUAUUUUUUAAACCGCGGUAUUAUCCUAAUUUAAAAGAAGAUCGGUUUUUAAUAAUUUUUUAUUUUCAUAGGAUGAAGUUAGAGAAAAAUAUUCAGCUGUACACACAAAGUCUGGUUUUUCCUGCCCAACUUCCCCCUGGAAGGUGUACUUUUGUUGUUUAAUGUGUAGCUUGUUUGUGCCCUGUUGACAUAAACGUGUCCUGGGUUUGCUCUUUGACAAUAAAUGGACAAGGAAGGUCACCCUACUCCGUUGGGCCGCUCCCCUCCUUCCCGUGUCGAAGCUCCUCAAAAGGCAGUAGUAGUAUAUCCUGACACAGCAGUGUCCCCUCUCCUUCCCCACACUCUCUCUCCCUUCUGGACUAGCUCGGAGUGGCGAGAGCUGGAAUCUCCAUUUCCUUCCUCUUGCCCUACUUCCGAGAUAGCAACCAAGUUGAAUGGCAACCUGACAUUUUCCUCACCAUCUGCCUCAUCGGUCACCUCGUCCCCUUCCCCUCUGCCCACCAAGUCCUUAUACCUGCAAAGAACCCAUGGAUUCCCCCCCCCCCGUGCCCUCUUGUGGGGCAGCCCGUUGAAACUGAAGCACAGUCUGACCACUCACGAUAACGCAGAUUCUUCUCUGCCUCUGUCGGCCACUGGGUUUCAGAGCAGUGCAGUCCAGUAGAGGGCAGGGCGCCCUUUUCUCCCACAAGAAGCCCAUUCCUCUGGAAGUCUAGCAAAGCAAUACGACUCAGCCCUGCGCUCUCUGCCCCAGGACUCAUGGCUCUGCUGUGCCUUCCACCCUGGGCUUCCUAUUCUUCCGUGACCUUAAGAACUGUGUCUGGUGGCUUUGCUGGAACAUUGUCACUGUUUUUGCUGUCAUGCAGGGAGCCCAGCACUGUGGCCAGGAUGGCAGAGACUUCCUUGUCAUCAUGGAGAAGUGCCAGCAGGGGACUGGGGAAAAACACUCUACCCAGACCUCGCCUCCCUUCCUCCUUUGCCCGUGAACAAGAUACAGUGGCCCUAGGGGUUCCACUAGUGUCUGGUUUCCUUGAUUAUUGCACUGUGUGAGGUUUUUUUGUAAAUCCUUUUAUUCCUUUUUUUUUUUUUUUUAAGAAAAAAACCUUAAGCUGCAUUUGUUACUGAAAUGAUUAAUGCACUGAUGGGUCACAAAUUCACCUUGAGAAAGACCCAAAGGCCAGUCAGGGGGUGGGGGAAACUCAGCUAAAUAGACCUAGUUAAUGCCCUGCUAGGCCAUGCUGUACUGUGAGCCCCCUCCUCAUUCUCUUUCUACCAAUCCCGAACCCUGAGGCCAGGGGAGGGACCCACUUCUCUCCUUCUCUUGCCAGCUGCAGAUGGUUUGCCUUGCCUUUUCACUCCCCAACUGUCAACCACAGAAAUGAGUAAUUCCUCUUCUAGCUCAGCCUUGAGUCCAUUGCCAAAAUUCAGCAUACCUGCCAGCAACUUGGGGAAUAAGCUAAGGUUUCCCUACAAGAGGGAAAAAAGGCAAAAAAACAAACAAAACAAACCGGCAUAUCUGUCUCCAAAACACCUGAGUUUGUUUUGAAAGUGACCAAGGGAAUCUCCGCACAAAAGUGCAGACCGAGGAACUGUGGUGGGUCAUUCCCAGGAAUCCCCCAAGGGGCACCCCGAAUCCCUAAGGAGUCCCAGCUGCAAGCCUGAUCAGUUUUCCGGGAGCGAGCCAGCUCCCGGAGAGCUUUGCUGCUAGAAUCUGUUGUGGCCGCAUUUCCUGGUGGCCAGUGAUGUCUGUGUAGCCAGAAUGCUGCAUGGCGCUGACCCUACGGCCGGAACUUGGUCCCUUGGCUCCCUCUGUCACCGUCCACCACCUCCAGCAUAGCCCCUCCGGUUUUUAGACCAAUCACCAGAAUUAAGGGGGAAGCCCUGGCAGCUAUAAUCCAUAGAAGUUUUCAACGAGACUCCUUUGCCGGGAUACAGUCCGCCACCCCGCUUGCCUCUGUCAGCACCCCCCGGUCAAUGCAGUGAGCACCAUGCAGCUCCCGUGAUUGAAAAUAUACAACAACAACAUUAAGGAAAAAAAAAACAAAAAAAAAAUCUUUUAAUGAAUGUAUCUUUCUAAAGGACUGACGUUCAAUCAAAUAUCUGAAAAUACUAAAGGUCAAAACCUUAUCACAUGUUAACUUUUAAGUUUGAUUUGGGAUUUUUUUUAACUAGAAAUCAAGUUUGGGUUUGGGUUUUUGGUUUUUUUGUUUUGGGUUUUUUUUUUUUUUUCUUUUUAAAGGAAAAGCGGGUCAUUGCAAAGGGCUGGGUGUAAUUUUAUGUUUCAUUUCCUUCAUUUUAAAGCAAUACAAGGUUAUUGAGCAGAUGGUUUUGUGCCGAAUCAUGAAUACCAGUCAAGUCUCACACUCUGAAAACUUGCAACUUUUUUGUUUUGGUUUUCAAAUAAAUAUAAAUAUGAUAUAUAUAGGAACUAAUAUAGUAAUGCACCAUGUAACAAAGCCUAGUUCAGUCCAUGGCUUUUAAUUCUCUUAACACUAUAGAUAAGGAUUGUGUUACAGUUGCUAGUCGUGGCAGGAAAACGUCAGUCUGGCGCUCCUCGGAUCCUCCGAAGUUGGGGGGGGGGGACCCAAACCACAAAGGGACGGUGACGCGGUCCGUUCCCAGGGUCAGAGAGGAACGCGGAAAUGGUGUCACCCAGAUUUUUUCUGCCCAUGAAUGUUGCCAGUCAGUACCUGUACUCCUUGUUUCUCUAUUUUCGGUUAUGAAUGUUGGGGUUACCACCUGCAUUUAGGGGAAAAUUGUGUUCUGUGCUUUCCUGGUAUCUUGUUCCGAGGUACUCUAGUUCUGUCUUUCAACCAAGAAAAUAGACUUGUGGUGUUUCUUUUAUUGAACUUUUAACAGUCUCUUUAGUAAAUACAGGUAGUUGAAUAAUUGUUUCAAAAGCUCAACAGAUGACAAGCUUCUUUUCUAGAAAUAAGACAUUUCUUGACAACUUUAUCAUGUAUAACAGAUCUUUUGGUUUUUUUCCUUGUGUUCUUCCAAGCUUCUGGUUAGAGAAAAAGAGAAAAAAAAAAAAAAAGGAAAAAAUGUGUCUAAAGUCCAUCAGUGUUAACUCCCUGUGACAGGGACGAAGGAAAAUACUUUAAUAGUUCAAAAAAUAAUAAUGCUGAAAGCUCUCUACGAAAGACUGAAUGUAAAAGUAAAAAGUGUACAUAGUUGUAAAAAAAAAAGGAGUUUUUAAACAUGUUUAUUUUCUAUGCACUUUUUUUUAUUUAAGUGAUAGUUUAAUUAAUAAACAUGUCAAGUUUAUUGCUGCA